AUGUCUGGAGAACACCUCAAAAUUUCUACUGGAAAUCAUUUUGAACACCCGAAUUUCGUGGCUAGAAUUAAAGCGACCAAACAUAAAGACCAAACAAUGAUCCCCGAUGAAGGGUAUUUAAAGCGUACAAACGACAGAGGGGUGGUGCAAGAACCAUCACAAGAAUGGUCUUCAACCUCUGUGGAAUUGCCGCGCGAUCUAAAAGGGUAUACUGCAGACGGGCACGAGGAAGAUCCCAUCGCUCAACGUCUGCCCGAACAUGAACACCAGUGCGAUCUACUUGAUACAGGCACUCGGGCGCCAAAGAGAUAUCCCACGACCAGUGAGCCGUGUCACAUAUUAUCUGCUCAAAAUGAGGGAUACGAUUUAAUGGACAUCCAAAUGGUUCCGGAUUUACUUGAUCCAAAGUUAUCAACAGAGACCAGCAGUAGGGAUGUCUCUGGAAAACUAAAUGGAAACGAGACGAAUCCCACAAAGGAAAAAAGAAAAAAUGUGAAGACCCCGGCUGAACUGGGUAUUGAUCAUGUAGAAAGACCAUUCAGUUCUUUUGAUGGAACCAAGAAUACGAAAAUCGUUAACAGACGAGGUGGAAGAAAUGUUGGUCUUCCAAAAGAACACCAGGGCCAAUUAACGAAGAUGGAUGAUUUGAGUAAUCUACCUGGUAAAAAAUUUGAGGUAGAGCAUUUUGAUGAGUGUAAGUCGAUAUCAGAAGAUUAUGGUGGCCAAACAUCCACAAAACCACAGAUGUUCUUUCCGAAAUGUGACGCUAACUUAGAACUUAAAGACAAUAAAAUUUUUCCUGUUGCAGCCUGUGAGCUGAGUAAUUAUUUGCUGGCGUAUCACACUUGGCUGGCUGAAGACGUUAUUGGACUGUUUCAAGGUUCUUCCCAGCUUGUUUGCCAUCCUGCAUCUGAAUAUAAAGAUAACGUCGAAAAAAGAGUGGCUCUGAUCGGAAAAAGUUCAGCAUUAGGGGUGAAAAGUGUAGUAAACGCUAGUGAACUCAAUACUUAUUCCAUGGAAAACUUCAAAAUUGAUCAUUCAGAAGACUGCACUUUGUUAGCAGAUAGUGAAGUAACAUUGGUACCAGGUGAGAGUGGAUUAAGGACUCUAUCGGUGGAUACCAGAGUAGAUUCGGUUGAAAUCGAAGUCCCCGGUACAAGGGACGCGUUUAAUGACCUUUCCAUGGACCUGCAGAAAAUUGAUGCGCAAUAUGCUGCUCCGUUUGUCCCAAAUAAGCGUGAUCCAAAAAUUUCGAAACAACUCCCGGAUGAACAAGUUACCGACGUAAGAGAAAGGCUGACUUCAGUUGUGUCGGUGGAAAGACAGGACCUGAAGUUGGUGUAUGAGUGUGCCCAAUGUUCACCCGCAGAAGCACCGCUAAAAUCUUUUUGUGAUUCACGCCUGAUGAUAAUCAAAGAUCUGCCGUAUGAGAACAAACCACAACCAAAUGCAGCUCCAGUCACUAAGAGGCAUAAGAGCCAAACCUCUGUAAGCAAACUUGGUGAUCACCUUUUGACGGAGUGCGAUAACGAGCAAUUUCUCCAUAGAGCAGAACACGAAAGGAUCGCAGGAAAAGAGGUUUGGCCUGAUGAUUAUGCGAUGCCGGAAACCAAGGCAUCAGGGGCUGCGAACGACUUGUACAACGGUGUGUUAGCCAAGUUUGAAGUGUGCUACUUUGAUGACAUUGAUCUUCUGACACCACUAGGUCUUGAAGUGUACGUAGGAGAAAGUGAUUGCGAGGCAACCUUGGCCACAAAUGGCUCCACAAAUCAAAGGAUACCAGAGGCUGAAGGAAUCUUCAGUGGUGCCUUGCUUAAGCAGAAUGGAAUGGAGGGUCAAGAUGACUCUUUUUUUGUUACCCCCGAGGAACUUCCAUGUGGCGCAUCUGAUGAAAAGGCAAUAACCUGUGAGGACGCUAUGUGUAGACAGGGUUGCAGGAAGCGUACGUCGGUAGGUAUGCAAGACAUACUUUACCCUGGUAGUCGCCCGCUAAUGAGGGCCAUUUCAGAUGAAUUCAAUAAUUUCACCGUACUAUUAGAAGCUGAUUUGCACCUGCCUACUGAACCCACCGAAUCUGAGGAAAUUUUGUCCUACGGAGAUUUCUCCCCCAAAAAUAGCUUCGGAUUAUGCCAUAUUUUGUCGGAUCAAAAUGAAUGGGACUAUUCUGAUGAAGUCACCUUUGUUGCAGAUUUAUCUGAUCCAGUUCUUCCUCCAAACCCUGUGAAAUACGAUGUCAUCAAUGAGCAUGAUUUGGGAAUAAAUGAACCUAAUAUCAAAGGCCCGGCAGGAGAAAGUGUGCUUUAUGAUCGGUUAUUGACAGACUUCGAUUUAAUUCAGCCCAAUAACUACACAUCGGCCCUGGGUAGUCACUUGAAUUGGCAUACGGAAGACCAGUAUACAAAAUAUUAUGCGCACGAAAAUAAGCCCACGGGCGAUGUCCCUUACACUGAGAACCCUAUUCAGACAAAUGCCCUGAAUUUAGUAGACCGAUGUAUUGAGAACGGUCUCAGCACCAUUGAGGAAGAGGUAUCGUUGGUUUGCAAAGAUUUUCUGGAAUCCAUACAAACACAUUCAGGCUUUGUUUCUCCACCCAUUAAUUCAGAUGGAGAUGAACCGACCACUCUGUAUGAGGCAACUUUUCUGCCUGGAAUAAAAGCAUCUGAAAUCCCUGAUCCACCAAGUCAGCACGUUGGAAUUCCUGUGCACAAGGACUACGCGCUUGUUAAUCACCCUACUUUUACAUUGCCCUUCACCAAUUCGGUCGAAGAUAACGUUGUGAAAAAAGCGAUGAACUUUGAGAGCUCCCAACUACAUGAUGACGAAGAAGUCACUCUAGUUUCAAUUUCUCAUUGUGAGGACUAUUCACUGAACCGUGGGGAUAAGGAAAUCUAUUCACCUUCUGAAAUGCCAGGUUUAGCCAUUAAGAAAAGAGAGAUACUCGUAUCCCCUCAGCAGCAUGCUUCUGAAUUCGCUUUUGUUCGGACAUCCCGGUCCGAUGACGCAUUGAUGACAAGUGGAUAUGAACCAAGAAUCGAUCAAUCAAGUAAUCGAAAGAUUAAAUCACGCCCCAAUUCCCCAGCUUCAUCAGCCGAUCCGCAUUCUAUCUUGGAUCCUCCUAUUAUAGAGCCCGAACAUUCCUGUCAACUUAUGAAUUGUCUACUGAAUACUUCCAUUUCAAAUACUAAACUAAUAAACAGUUUUGACAACCGUUCAUAUCCGGCGGCCUUUCCAGUGGAGACGGACAAUCUGAACAACCUGGCUUUCAUUCCUGUUUCAGCAGCAGAGAUCGCCGCUCGCAUCAAUAAUUUAGUGGAGGGUUUUACCACAGAAGACUCGAAAUUGGUCAGUAGAGGUUCCGGAAUUAUGUGCGCUUUUAAUAGCAACUUACGGUGUUCCACUCUAACGAGUGUCCCCAGCACUGAUAGUGUCAACGUAAGAAGGCAAAUCGAACCAGCUAGGCGAGUUCAGCAUAAGGCCCCAGAACUUGCCGCAAUGUUGUUAGACCAGGGCAUAGCGGUUUUCGAUGGGGACGCUCAAUAUAUACCGCAAAUACAAAAACCCGUCGUAUACUGCACCAUAAAUUGCGGCUACACAUUCACGAUACAGCUUGAAGAACCACAACUGAAGUCUCUACGAACUCACUUCCCUCAUGUAAAUCUCAAGGAUGAGAGAAGCUCCAAAUCAGUGAAUCAGAAAUUGGAGAAAACUCAAUGGGCCACCAAUACAAAGACAAAAUGUUCGAGUCCAAAAAGAUCCCAAGAGUACAAAUGUUGCCUGGGAACAUUGACCCCAGCAGAGUUAAAAGUGGUUCGAAUCAGACAAAGAAAGUCAGCAGAGCAAGAAGAUAUAAAGUACUUGCAAAAUACCGGAACACCAUUGGUUGAAAAGCUGGCCAAAUAUCACACCACUCGGGAGUUGCCGCUAGAAUCCAUACAUUCACCAGACAGUAGAUUUGAUGAUCUUUCUGCUAGAUUAUCUUCCACCAGCGAAAGUCACCGGAUUUCAAAGACAGGGAGUCACGGUAACCCCGUUCCGCGAAAACGGUUAACCGUCUUAAGUGAAAUAUCAACCAACGUCUUCAUUAAAGGCCCUAUUGGAUACAGGUCUUUUCCAAGAGCCUUCAAACGCAUGAGCAAAUUAGAUAUUCUCUCAUCUUCAAAUUCUCCGUCACGGUCGAACACGCCCCAAAUUUUACACAUCUAUACGCCAGACUCAUUCUUUACCGGUGGCACCAGCUCGGAACCAGAGGAACAUCAUGGGAUUAUUGGAAAUGGUGCCAUUUUGGAACACAUGAAUACCUCACAUUUUGUCCGACAUGAAACACCACGCAAACCUUUGCCAAAACCAGUUAAAAAUCCCCUAUCCUGCAAAGUCCAUGCCAACGACAGGGAUAGUGACAGAAUUACGAUGAGAUCUGGAAGCUGA